AUGUCUUCUAUAAGGGAGCCCGCACCGAGCCCCACACCACGCCCACGUUCGUACCCCCGCAUUCACGGUGCUGCUGCGUCUGGAAGCCGCUCUCCUCCAGGCUCGCUCUACUCAGCACCUCGGACUCUUGGGCCACCCCUCCCUCCCUCCCUAAAUGCAGUUUCCACCCGAGGCCAGCAGCGUCGCCCUGGGCGGACUGCAGGGUCGAGCGACCCUUACUCGCCGCUGGAUCCCCCACCCCACCCCGGGGGACCGCGGCGCUGCAGACAGCGCGGGCUGCGGGCGCCGGGGGACGGCUCGGUGAAGCAGCCUCCGAUCGCCAGCAAUCGCCGGCUGUCUAAGGAGCCCCGCACGUGGGGAGGGUGGCGGCAACCCACUGGGCGAGCCCAAGCCGGGCAGCCACAACCCCGAGCUGGCGCCGCCGUGACCAUCCCGAGGCUCGCCCUCCCGAGCCCCGCACCGCCGGGCCGAGGCCAGGGGCCGCAGCGGAGGCAGGGUCCGAGGCCAGUCCUCCGCCGCCGGCCGCGAAACUGCGCCCGAGGCCCACGCCACUCACCGGAGAAACACCACGGACGGGCACGCCGCGCGGAGGACGCCGACCGGAAGCCCCAGGCACUUCCGCCUUCCGGCCAGGGCCGGCGCAGGCGCGCGCGGCCUGCCGGGAAUCCUGGGAGGCGUGGUCUUGGGCAGCCCGCUCCUGCAAGAGCGGAGAGGCUGGGUUUGCAGAACGCGGAAGGGGUUUCCUGUCGGGAGAGAGGAGUUAUACAUCAAGCCAUUCCCAAAGCCGCGGACCGGCCAAGGCCGGCGGCUGGGGGCCCUGCCUGGGACAACCUCACGGAUACGGGAUACCCAAGGGAACUAACUGCUCAGCGUCCACCAUCCUAG